GAAUGGGUGGUUGAUCCAGCAGAACAUUUUUAUUAUGUCUGGCUACAGGUCAUGAUCCUCCCCAUUGUCUACAACUGGGUGAUCAUCAUUUUAAGGACAUGUUUCACUACAAUUGCACUGAGCUACCUUCCUGUGUGGCUUACAUUGGACUAUCUGUCAGACCUCAUGUAUAUGGCUGAUAUGAUCAUUACUGCUCACACAGGUUACUUGGAGCAGGGCAUUCUGAUCAAGGAUGUAACCCAGCUAAGGAAGCACUACCUCCACUCUAAAUAUUUCUUAAGGGACCUGGCCUCCUUGCUGCCCACUGACUUCUUCUACUUUGUCUCUGGCAUCCAAAUGCCAAUAGUGAGGAUUAAUCGCCUUUUACGUACACCACGACUCACCGAGGCCCUGGAUCGAAUGGAGACGAGAACAUCCUACCCCAACACCUUCCGCAUCUCUAAGCUCAUGAUUUACAUCUUUGUGUUGAUCCACUGGAAUGCCUGUCUCUACUUCUCACUGUCCAGUUACAUCGGCUUUGGAAGCGAUCGUUGGGUCUACCCCAACAUCACUGACCCAGAGUUUGCCUCCAUGCGGCGUCAGUACUUUUACUGCUUCUGGUUCUCUGCCCAGAUUUUCACCACGGUAGGAGACACUCCUCUACCAAAGCGGGAAGAGGAGUACUUGUUCAUGAUUGCAGACCUGCUUAUUGCUGUUCUGGUAUUUGCCUCAAUUGUUGGCAAUGUUGGCAAUGUCAUCACCAGUCUAAGGGACCGUGACAAUGUCUUCUUCCCUAACCAUGAGCUGGUGAAGGGUUACUUGCGUAGCCAUCACAUUAGCAAGGAGCUUCGACAGCGCAUUGACAACUGGUACCAGCAUCUUCACAUCAACAAUAAGAUCAUGCGAGAGAAUGAAAUCCUGCAGCAGCUGCCCUUACACCUGAGGACAGUGAUCGCUGUCAGUGUUCAUCUUCCGACGCUCUCCAAAGUCACCAUCUUCCAGAGUUGUGAGAAAAGUCUGCUGGAGGAGUUGGUGCUUAAACUAACACCUCAGGUGUUCAGUCCAGGAGAGUAUGUUUGCAGGAAGGGAGAUGUGGGCCACGAAAUGUACAUCAUCAAAGAGGGAAAACUUGCAGUUGUAGCAGACGACGGGGUCACAGAGUUUGCUGUGCUCAGUGAAGGAAAUUUCUUUGGAGAAAUUAGUAUCCUCAACAUCAAAGGUAACCGGUCGGGCAAUCGUCGCACUGCCAACAUCCGAAGCAUCGGCUACUCUGACCUGUUCAGCUUGUCCAAAGAAGACCUGACAGACGUGCUGUCCGAGUUCCCCGCAGCCAAACGGCACCUGGAGGAGAAAGGAAGACAGAUCCUCACCAAGAUGGGCAUGUUGGAUGAGAGCGGGGAAGCAGAGGAGGGCGAGGCAGAGAAAAUCGAAACCAAGAUUAAGAGACUGGAGAACAACUUGGAGGUCCUUCAAACAAAACUAGCUCGACUCAUGAUGGAAUUAGAGUCAAGCAACCACAAGAUGCAGGCCAGGGUGAGGCAGCUGGAACGGGAGGUGGCAGCAAUGGACACCCAGCUGCCAGAGAGGGAAGAUGGGGAAGAUGGAGAAGAAAGAGGACAGGGUAGAGGCGAAGGGGUAGGAGGGGAGGUUGUAUGGGAACGAGAAGAGGCAGAGGGAGAGGAAGAGACAGAUUUAGAGGGAAAGGUUAAACAGCAAGGGCAGAGAGAGCAUAGUAAUGACAUCACCAAAGAGGGAGACGGAGAGAGCACGAAAAGUACAAAGGAAGAUGGAGAAAAUGUGAUAGAGGGAAAAAAAUGCGGGGACGUGGAUAAUCAGGAAAAGAAAAGCGGGAAUGAUGGGGAGAAAAACAGAGAGAAAGGCGAUGACAGACCGGGGAAAGGAGAUGGAGCUGAGAUUGUACAUGAAGAUAAAGAAGAAGAAAAAGAAUCUGAAGAGAAGAGAGAAAAGGAUGAAGAUUCAGAAAAAAGAGGGGUGCGGGAGAAGGAUGAAAGGCAGGAACAUGAAAAAAAAGGAAAAUAA